AUUUUUCUCCUCACUGUCGGUGUGAGUGAAGUGGGUUUGCGCACGGGACUGAAGUGGAGGGGAUCAGAGAGAAGAGAUUUCUCAGAAGUAGUGAAAUAACAGUAUAGCAGGGUCUGCUCAGGUUAACAGUUCACGCCGUGUGUUCUGAAUUUAGAGAUCAAUUUAAAGUUGGUGUCAGUGGUUUACCUCUUACUAGAAAGUACUGAGUACACAAGAAGAGUAGCGUUUCCAACUUUAAAGAUCAGCUUUUGAUAGUAGACAUCGUGGGACAUUAUGACAACCACUAUGGACAAAGCUCACAACUUUCGCAUUGAUGCGCUUCUCGCGCAUGGCACGGAUCAGAGGGCGGACAUUGAUGGCGCCUCUCCUGGGCUGCACCACAGCAGGAGCCCCGGUGGAAGUUCGCUGUCACCCCACGGCUCAGGGACGCCUUCUCCUCAUCCAAACCCAACAAACUCUUCACCAGCCCAUCAAGGAGUUCUAUCCAAGUCUCAGUUCUUCAACUUAUCCCAGUCAGGAUUCGCUGCUCUACACCAAGGGGGUCUCUUUGGAGUUCACCCGGGCUCCAUGUAUCCUCUGGCGGCCCUCGGAGGCCAGCAUCCCGCUUUCAUGUACCCCGGCUUCUCGCAGCUGGUUCAUACAUACCCAGAGCAGCUGAAGGCGGCCUCCAUGGUCGCGGGGCACCCACUGGAACCCUGGAUCCGAGCUGGGAUGAUGAUACCCAGAGUGGGCGAAUAUGGUGGUCAGACUCAAGCUGGUUUGUUGGGGAAGUGUCGGAGGCCCAGGACAGCUUUCAGCAGCCGGCAGCUGCUAGAAUUAGAAAACCAGUUCAAACUAAACAAAUACCUGUCCAGGCCAAAACGCUUUGAGGUGGCCACUUCCCUCAUGCUGACUGAGACUCAGGUCAAGAUCUGGUUCCAGAACAGAAGAAUGAAGUGGAAAAGAAGUCGCAAAGCCAAGGAGCAAGCAUCCCUGACCUCCUCACUGUCUGACCCAGAAAGAAAUAGGACGGGUGCGCACAAGCCUCAGAGUGAUUCACAGAGCUCGGGCCUGGAAGAUGAAGAGGAGAUAGAUGGGGAGGAUGUUGAUGAAAGAGAGGAGAUAGAGGUGUUGGGAGAAGGUUCUUUAAGCCCAAUAGUCUUCAUGAGGCAUGCAGGAGGAGGAGGAGGAGCAAGCUACAGCUCUUACUCAGAGGAGGAGUUAGAGGAGGGAGGCCCAGGAACAAGAAGUGCUGCUUUCCAAUAGUUAAAAUAUCCAGCAUGCUUAUAUUGUACGUCUUUACAUGUUUAAUACUCUUGUGAAGACAAUACAGGACACGAACAGGUGCACAGACAUUAUGGCAUGAAGGGAUCUAUUGAUUUUUCACAGCCCAAUCUUCAGUGUCAUGUUUGUAUUAACACAAAAUAAAUCAACAUCUGCACAUCAGUUAAACAUGACAGCAUCAGACGAGAACAUCUGAGUAAUGAUGAUGAGUAAGAACGUUGACUAUGUGCAUGAUUUGUUUUUAAACCAGUGGAAAGAUUGAACCCUUGUUCCUGUCCUGUAAUCUAUAACAUGCAUUGGGGUUUAUAGCACUUCAAUAAACAGUUGGGAUGAAGAAAAAAACAAUGCUGCUACUUGGGGAUUCAUGAAAUUAGAAUUGAUGUGCUGCACUGUUAUCAGUGCAUUACUGUCUGUUACAGCUGCUCGCCAGAUGUUCCACCAUUAUUCAAAAGCUGUCAUUUUUAAACAUGACUUGAAAACAUGGCUAUGAUUUAUUUUGUAUAAUAUUCAACUGCAUGUACUAUACUGUUAUUUUUAAUUGACUGUUCAUAUGGCAUUUUCUGUAUUUUGUGACUUGUCACGUUGUCAAUAUAAUUUAAUAUGAUAUAAUUUAAUAUAUUUUAUUUUAAAUGAAGUGAUUUUUGUGGGUAGAUACGUUUAAAGAAAUAAAGAUUGAUUCCUGUGUAUUGAAUUGAGUUCAAUAAAUUCAGGAGAAUGAAUGAUGUCAUGCAUUACUACAGAAGAGGAUUAGGGUCACCAGAGAAAUAAAAAAAUAAAAAAAUUUGAGAAAGAAAACUCGAAAUUUGCGAGUUUAUA